AUGAAACUAAAAGGAAAAUUUAAUAUAAAUCACAUAAGUUUCCUUACAAUUUUGUUUGGGAUCCUUUCUAAAAGCCAUUUUGUUCAGUGCAACUUUAACGAGUCCAAUCAGACUCUCAUCAAGAGCAUACUCAAUGAGCACCAGAAACAAGUAGAUGACAAACUCAGUGAGCACCAGAAACAAGUAGAUGGAGAACUCAAUGAGUACCAGAAACAAGUAGAUGGAAAACUCAAUGAGCACCAGAAACAAGUUGAUGGAGAACUCAAUGAGCACCAGAAACAAGUAGAUGGAAAACUCAAUGAGCAUCAGAAACAAGUAGAUGGCAAACUCAAUGAGCACCAGAAACAAGUAGAUGGCAAACUCAAUGAGCAUCAGAAACAAGUAGAUGACAAACUCAAUGAGCACCAGAAACAAGUAGAUGGAGUACUCAAUGAGCAACAGAAACAAGUAGAUGGAGAACUCAAUGAGCACCAGAAAAAAAAACAAGUAGAUGGAAAACUCAAUGAGCACCAGAAACAAGUAGAUGGAGAACUCAAUGAGCACCAGAAACAAGUAGAUGGAGAACUCAAUGAGCACCAGAAACAAGUAGAUGGAGAACUCAAUGAGCAUCAGAUACAAGUAGAUGGAGAACUUAAUGAGCACCAGAGACAAGUAGAUGGAGUACUCAAUGAGCACCAGAAACAAGUAGAUGGAGAACUCAAUGAGCACCAGAAACAAGUAGAUGGAAAACUUAAUGGGCACCAGAAACAAGUAGAUGGCAAACUCAAUGAGCAACAGAAACAAGUAGAUGGAAAACUCAAUGAGCAACAGAAACAAGUAGAUGGAGUACUCAAUGAGCACCAGAAACAAGUAGUUGGAGAACUCAAUGAGCACCAGAAACAAGUAGAUGGAAAACUCAAUGAGCAUCAGAUACAAGUAGAUGGAGAACUCAAUGAGCACCAGAUACAAGUAGAUGGAGAACUCAAUGAACACCACAAACAGGAAGAUGGAAAACUUAAUGAACACCGGAAACAAGUAGAUGGAAAACUCAAUGAGCACCAGAAACAAGUAGAUGGCAAACUCAAUGAGCACCAGAAACAAGUAGAUGACAAACUCAAUGAACACCAGAAACAAGUAGAUGGCAAACUCAAUGAGCACCAGAAACAAGUAGAUGGCAAACUCAAUGAGCACAAGAAACAAGUAGAUGACAAACUCAAUGAGCACCAGAAACAAGUACAUGUAGAUGACAAACUCAAUGAAAUGACACAGAUGUUAACAAGAAUGGAGCAGAGAAUAGUCAAAAUAGAGAGAAGUAUAUUAAAAAUUCAGACUCUUCAAGAAAAGGCAGAACGGGCAGAUGAACAAUUGGAAGAUAAAAUUCCAAAAUCAACAUCCUUUCAACAAUCACAGUUUAAAAAACGAAAUAAUGUUUUAGAAGGCAGAAAGGAAUUUGAGACAAAUUCAUACAAAACACGACCUAAAUGCACUAAAACAGGAAACGUCGAACCUUGGUUUCAAAGGUAUCAUAAUGUAAAUGCAGGAGGGAGAGAAAGAAAAUUGGAAGACAUGUGCAAAAAGAAGACAGUCAGUGGAAAGACACAAACGUGUUAUGUAUUUGUUCUGGAAUUACCUCUGUUACAAUCAACUCCAGUCAACAUUUUUGUCGCCAUCAGUUGUAUCUGUACUUGUUUCUGCUGUUGGUACUGUUUUUGCCGUCGUACGAAGCAAGUACUGGAUUCCCCUUCGCUGAAGUCUGAUUUGCAACACACAAAACCAGAAGUGAAAAUACAGCCUACAGUAGUAAGUAGUAAAUGA